CAGUUUAAUUGAUAUCUCGUAAAUCCCGGUACUUUUUCUCUGUCGCGUAAUUUGCAUUCGCUUCUAUCAGUCAGUAUAUCGUAGCACGACGCAAGAAUGAAUGUUAACGUUGUUCCGCAGCCGCGAAACCAGCUUCGAUAUUUAUGCCAUACAAUGCUAAUGCGCUAGACAAGCAGCGUAUCGGUUUUAUCGGCGCUCGAAAGGCAGCGAUUUGGUGGAACGGCGUUUGUUUCGAUGUCGAGUUCAAUUCGCUUAUCUUUGUCACCUAUGCCGAUUGCUUUCCUUAAUGCACGAAUCACGGUAAUUUCCACGGCUGUUCAACGCGUAAAUCCUUCCUACGCCUGCUGCAAUUUCGUUCGUCUGGAAAUUGGAACGCGCGUUGCGUAACCGAUUUAUAACACUUUGAAUACAUCGAUCGAGAUUGAUCUUAUUAAUUAAUCGUGUACACGUUCGAAUCGCCUUAAAGGUCUGAAUUAUUAAUCGUUUCUACUCGAUACUAUUAACCUGUUUUCUUUCUACCGGUCUUAUCGAACAUCGUAAGAGAAAGGAAUUCAAUAAUUUGACAAAGCGUAUAAAUGUCUAUUUUGACGAGUCUGACGCACUCGUACUUCGGCUGUUAUUUUACUCGAAUUUUUAACCCCUUGCAGUAUUUUCACUGACGCACUUACGGUUCAAAUACAAUCUUGCUUGAAUAUUUAAUAUAUUUCAAUUUGAAGUCCAAUUAUAAUUUGUAUGAUCAAAGAUCGUUGAAUAUAAAAUCGUCACAUUUUGACUUUUUUCAAUGACUUUAAUUCUACUGCAGUUAAUAGUUCUGACUGACGCACCAAUCAUACGGCAAGGGGUUAAUACGCUUCAAUUUGGAGUUCAAUUAUAACUUGCAUAGUCGAUCGCAUAAUAAAUUAUUGAUAUAACAUUUCAAAUUUAUUUGUCUGUUCUAAUAUUGUAGCUAUAAUUAGUCAGCUCUGACUGACGCACCUGACAAACUAAUCACACGGCAAGAGGUUAAUACGCUUCAAUUUGGAGUUCAAUUAUAAUUCGCAUAGUCGAUCGCAUAAUAAAUUAUUGACAUAACAUUUUAAAUUCUUUUGUCUGUUCUAAUAUUGUAGCUAUAAUUAAUCAGCUCUGACUGACGCACUCGAGAAAUAAGUCAUAGUGCAAGCGGAGGUUUAGAGUAAAAAUGGUCCCGAUCGAAACACCGGUGGCAAUUAGAGGGAGCUUUCAACUUCUUGAAGGAUUUACGUCGAUCCUGUUACACCGGAGAUCCCGAGGGAACGAUUCUUGUGGACCGGUUGUCGCGAAACGCGUUGUUGAAGAAAAAACGAAGGCAGAAAGAAAAGGAAAGAGAUGUCCUGUUGCUCUUUGGCCGCCGGGUCGUGUCGCAGCGUCUGCUCCAAGAUCUCUCUGGUGGCGUUGGGGGCAGAAGCAGAGGCGAGGGAGAACGCGUCGCGACGCCUGUCGGAAUUCUGUUCCCUCGAGCUGACAGAAUUCUGGGUUUGCGUCAACUCGACCCUAAACGAGGUGAAGAAACAUGGAAAUUGGACAGGAAGAGGUUGUUGUUACCUGGCGCAGAAUCCGAUAUGUCGAUCCGCGUGCGCUCUAGCGGGUUCUAGAAAGCAUCUGACCGAAUCUUGUCGACCUAGCGACGAGCUCGAGUUCUUCUCGUGCUUAGAGAAGCGGGAGGAAGCGGAACACUGCUGCAGCUCCGUCUCCAACGACACCUGUAGAUCGAUAUGUCGGGAUCUGUUCUACAAGCCCGGGAAGAUCUCGAACUUGAAAUUGUACAGUAGCAAAGGUUGUUUUCACCAAGUUCCGAAGUGCCUGAAGAGCGUCGCCGAAGUGAAACACGCAGAGGAUCCUAAGCAACAUCUGCACUGUUGCAACGAGGCUACCACGCCAGCCUGUCUGGAGACGUGCAAGAGGAUCCUGCAUACCGCGACCACCGAUCUCGAGAUCAUGGACGCCCUGACGGAAAAAUGCAGACCAGUUUUACCCCAGUUGCCGUUCUGGAGCUGUCUGCUCAAGUCCGACUCGUCGAAGCCGUCUCGUCUGCCGUUAGAUGCGGGCAAAUUGUCGUGCUGCACGAAGGCGAACAAACCGUCGUGCCAGGGUUUGUGUUGGAGGGCGUUUCAGGCUGAUUGGGAAUCCGCGUGGCUGCAGCUCGACGCCGAAUGUUUGUCCUCGAGCUUGGAAGGAGAGUUGAGAAGGUGUCUCGAGGACGCGGACGACCCUUGCGAAAUGGGUUGCUCAGGAUUGUCCUACUGCGCUCGGUUCAACGACAGAUCGACGACGCUCUUCAGGAGUUGCUCGACCGCCGCUGACGAGGCGGCUAAAUGGGAAGCCGAUCACUGGUCCAGAGGCGGAAUCAUUCGUGGUUUGGGUGUUCCUGUCCGCGCGGCUGCGUCUUGUCCGAUGGAAACUUUGCGCGCAGCUGCCUGCCUGUUGCAGUUAAGACCCUGCGAGCCGAGGAUCCACGAGACGAGACUCUGUCGAGAAGAUUGUCAAGAAUUAAUGGCCAGUUGCGUCGAUUGGUCCGCCAUCACGGAACCGUACACGGCUGUGACGCUGUGCGCGAAGCUCUCGCCGAGCAGAUCGGACGCUCCGUGCGUGUCGUUGAAGCCGUUCCUCGAGGACACUCAGGACAACGAGUCCGUCGUGAGUCUCGACGAGGACAUCGUGACUCCUUGCAAGAGCAAUCCCUGCCCUCAGGGCCAGAUCUGCGAGCUGCUUCAGUACGGACGACAAGCGUACCGGUGUAUACCGGCCUGCUCUCUGGGAGAGAUGUCCAAACAGUUGGUACCGGUCGGUUCCUGGGUACAAUUCCCCAGGUUCGAUCAACAGUUUUGUCUCAGAAUCUGCCAAUGCACGUUGCACGGUCUGGAGAAGUGCAAAACCUUGAACUGCUUCCUGGUCAACUCUUGCUGGGUGCACGAUCGUUUCGUCGCUCACAAAGCCAACUUUUAUCUGGAAUGCAAUCCGUGUCACUGUUUCGACGGUGAGUUCACGUGUUCCAAGAAGAACUGCGGAGAGUCGCGGAUCCCCUCGUUACCCUGCGACUGUCCGGCUCAUUACGUGCCGGUCUGCGGACGCCUCGGCUUCACUUUCGCCUCUGGCUGCCUGGCAAAGUGCGCGGAGCUGUCGGCGAACGAGGUGGAGUUCGGUAGCUGCUCGUCUCGGGAUCCUUGCGCGUCGAACCCUUGCGACAGUGUCGGAAAGUGCGUCCGGAGAACCAGAGUAUGCUUGUCCGGACUCCACAAACCCUGUCCUCAGUACGAGUGCGUGCCUCUCGACUGCGAUCCUCGCGACGAGAGCAGCGGGCCCGUUUGCGACAAGGACAACCGUCAACAUCGUUCGAUCUGCGCUAUGAUUCGAGCUGGAGCUACGCUGGGCUACAGAGGGCGUUGUCUAGAAGGAUGCACGUUGCGUGGUCCCGUUUGCGGCGCUAACGGGGAGGUUUACGCGAACGAGUGCGCUGCUUGGGCCGAGAGAACGGUGGUCGACUACUUCGGACCCUGUGUAGCCGUUGGAUUGAUCGGCGAUCGAGCGGAACCUCGCUGCCCCGAUCUGGUGCAGUGUCCUCGACUGAUCGAACCUUUCUGCAUCGGAGUUACACCGCCGGGUGCUUGCUGUCCAGUCUGUGGAGGUGCAGCGAAACUGUUUUACUCGAAGAAACAGUUGGAAAGAAUAUAUUACAUGAUGGACGAAGAGGUGGACAAGGAUUCGGUCACGUUGGACGCUCUGUUGACCGCUCUGGCGCGACAAAUUCAAGUGGCGCAGUGUGCUCUUCGUGGAAUGAUGACGCCGGAUCGAGACGUGUUCAUCGUUAUACAACCCACGUCGAAGAGGCCUUCGGCUCUGCAGCUGCGGGCCUGUGUGACGGAGACUGAGAAACUAGUUACCAGAAUUUCGGAGAGAAGCUCUAAAAUCGCGGCCGAAGUGCCUUUAGGCGCUCUCACCAGAGCGGAAAUUGCUCAUAGUUAUAUAUCGAGUGCCAUCGUCACCAAAGGCUGUUUCGCGCGAAUAUUUUUUGGGAUAAUUUUCGUUCGCGUUAUAGUUUCGUGAAAAGAAAGAGGACUAUCACUGGUUGCGGUAAGAAUGUUAUUUUAGUUGAAUGUUACCGCAACGAGCGAUUUACCGAAAGGUGCUGAGCGUUUUUACCUAAUGGCGUUAUAGUCCGCGAUAUCGUCGAUUUCAUGACUGUGAUUCUUCUAGUGCCUACGUAAUAUACAGGAAAUUAGCAUGUAUUUUUGACUAUCUUUUCAUCUUACCAAAGAAAAAGGGAGUACGUGGAACGUGUGCGUGUAAAGGUACAUAAUCAUCCAAAAACGAUGGCCAAGAUCGUUAAAAGAUGAUUAUGUUGUAAAUAAAGUCUCCCAAACUUAAGUUACCAAACGACGACCACGUGUCCGUGGAUUUUUACAUUGUAUUAGUCGCAGAUACGGUAGUCAAUAAAAAACAAUUACCGACAGAACCGAUACUCCCGUAAGCGUUAAGCAAACUUCGUUAUUGUAUCGUUAAAUACAAAGUUUUUGUAUAGUCAUUUGUAAGUUUAAUAAAUUUUGUAAUUUUA